CCGUUGCUGCAGUAGUAGUGGUGUGUGUGUGCAUGUGUGUCUGCUAACGUUACGUUACCUCUCGCACAGUUUGGCUGUGUUCGGCCCCGAGCACACAGCGGAGCUUGGCGUCUGGAGAGAGGAAAACAGAGACAGGUAGCUUAGUUCGGGCGUGAAAGAUGGAGCUCUCUGCGGUGGGAGAUCGCGUUUUCGCCGCGGAAGCCAUACUGAAACGCCGCGUUCGUAAGGGACGACUUGAAUACCUGGUAAAAUGGAAAGGAUGGGCAAUGAAGCACAGCACUUGGGAGCCAGAGGAGAAUAUUCUGGAUGACAGACUGAUAAUGGGCUUUGAGCAAAAGGAACGGGAAAGGGAAUUGCAUGGGCCGAAGAAACGGGGGCCAAAACCCAAAAACUUUGUCAUGAAGGCUCGUGCUCAGAAAGGAGGGACCAGCAGCCGAGCCUCAAAUGCCCGCCAGACUCCAUCACACUCCUCUACAUCCACUUCCAGCCAAGCAACUCCUUCCUCCUCCGCUUCGCCUCAUCAUUUAGCAUCUUCGUCCUCCUCUUCCUCAACCUUGGCACCCACUCCUAAACUCAAUUCGCUUGCAGCCACCCACAAGCUGAAGAAAGACAUUCACCGUUGCCACCGGAUGUCCAGGCGCCCUCUGCCCCGUUCAGACCCCAUGGCGGCUGCCUUCUCCAACCCCGGUGGCUUCCCCUCGCGCCCGCAUGUUUCUCCUUUCUCUGAGACUGUCCGCAUCCUCAACCGUAGAGUCAAACCCCGGGAGGUCAAGAGGGGUCGGAUCAUCCUCAACCUGAAGGUCAUUGACAAGCCAGGUAGGGGUGGUGCAGCCGCAGGCAGCAGGAAUAUUACAGCAGGACGCCAAAACAUCCCUUCCCGCAAUCGCAUCAUUGGGAAGAAAGGAGAGGCACCCUAUAGACCUUUCCAGCCCCCUCUGAAGAUGCUGGGCUUCCCGAUGUACGGGAAGCCGUUUGGGCUGCAAUGUGGAGGCCCUUUGCCCUUUCCCUCCCACCCGGGGUCAUGCUCCAGCACAGGGGCCAGAGACACCCACUCCACUUCCUCCCAGUACCAGUCACCUCCUUCUCCUUCCAGCUCCAGCGGCUCUGAAGGAAAAUCUCCUGCCAAUGCUUCAGCUACUCAGUCCCAGCCAACCACCGGAGCUUCAUCUUCCAGUGAGGGUCCCAAGUCCAGUAAACCUCAGACAGAGACCAAGAAGGGUGAGGGCGCCAAGCUGCCUGCUCCUCCCACAUCCUCAGAUGCAGCGUCCGCGUCUCCCUUCCUCCCCUCCUCACCCUGUUCUUCUUUGGAAGAUGAGGAGGAGGAGGACCUCUCGGUCCCCCCAGAGGGAGGUAGGAAAACUCCUCGCCAACGCAGGGCUAAACACCAGCUGCCCGCCGCCCCUUCCUCUGUCACCCCUGGGGACCAGAGCUCUGCCCCCGCCGAACCCCGAAGGGUUCCCGCCGAGGGAGACCCCGACUGGCACCCUGAAAUGGCUCCAAGCUGCAAGGAUGUGGUGGUCACUGACGUCACCACUAACCUCGUCACUGUCACCAUAAAAGAGUUCCCCUCCCCUGCCUCCGGUCCCGCCUCACCCUCCCCUAGCCCCGAAGAGGCCUCCUCUCCUCCCCCGAGCACCACCUCUGACGACGCCUCUCCACCCAAGCCAUUUGCUUCGGUCUCCACAGUCAUAAUGAAGUUCGUGGUGGUGCUUGUGGGAGCGGGCACCCUGGCCUUCCUCGGCGCGGUCAUCUGCAUCAUCGCCAGUGUUUAUCCCCGGAAACGCGCCGUGCCCAUCAGCGACAACGGCACCCUGACAUCGGAGACGCUGCUCCAGCCCCUGGAGCCCGGAUCGGUGGCUCAUGCCGGGCCGCUGGGCGCUCUACACGGCGCCGAGUCUUACGGUGGAGGGGACGGGCUCGGCGGCAUCGGCCUGGAGGUCCCCACUCUGAACGAGCUGAACCUCGGGGAGGAGACAGGCGGUGGGUCCGCGAAACAGUUCAGCUUCAGUCGGUUGAUCUGCACACCUGUACCGGUCGGAGAAUGCAAGACCAAAGAUCUAAGGCAGCGGCGACAACAGCAGCAAGCGGACGACCCGCUGUACGGAGCCGGGGAUGAAGACUGGACGUAUCUCCGGACCACCGCGGAGGAGCUUCGGCAGACUGUCCUGCAGCAGAACGACCAGAUCCUCAUGGACCAUAGGACCAUCCGGGAGUUGACGGGGAAGCUGAGUGAGUGUGAGAGCGGCCUGGAGGACGAGAAGAACGUCCCGGAGCGGAGCAUCGGGGUCUGGAGCGGCAAUCGCCGCGUCAUGGCCGGGGAUGAUGUCAGUUCUUCCGCCGCGGCGCAGCUGCAGACGGCGCGUGCCGUGGAGGAGCUUGCCAGGGCCAUCAUGGAUCUGAAGGACCGCAUUGAGAAACUCGAGGCAGAGAUAGGCCCUGCUGCCUUGAACCUUACUGACACACCUGUGGGUCCAAGUACCAGCAGCGGCAACAGUGGCAGCAACAGCCCGGCUGGUAAUACCGGCAAGGCUCCAGCUACUCCCACCGGCAGUGCUUCCUCCCCACCUGCAGCGGCUCCCCCAGGGGGUCGCCGUCCUGCCUCCCCGGCUUCCCCUGCCCCCAAGCCUCCAAUCAAGAGCUCCCCUGGGCGCGGAAAGGGCACCUGGAGGGUGGAGGACCUGGAGGGGGAGCUCGAGAGGAAGAUUAAGAUGUUGGAGAGGGAGCGUCAGGCCAUGCGGAAGGAGACACAGGGCCAACACGAGAAGAUCAACGAGGGAAUCGACACCGUCAGCCACCGGGUCACUGAGCUGGAACACACACUGACAGAGCCGUCGUUCCCUGAUGGCUUCGUCCUCUCCUUCCCCAUGCGAACCAACUAUAUGUACGGCCUGGUGAGAAAAGAGAUAACUGAGAUGUAUGCCUUCACUGCCUGUGUCUGGCUGAAGGCCAAAGAAGGGGGCAUCGGGACCCCUUUCUCCUACUCAGUCCCUGGGCAGCCUAACGAGUUGGUUCUGCUACAGGGAGUCCACAACCCUGUGGAGCUGCUAAUCAAUGACAAGGUGGCGCAGCUGCCUCUGUCCCUACCACAGGACGAGUGGCAGCACAUCUGUGUUAGCUGGACCCUGAGGGACGGGGUGUGGAAGGCCUACCAAGGGGGGAAGAUGAAGGGGAGGGGAGAAGGACUGGCUGCCUGGCAUCCCAUCAAACCAGGAGGAGUCCUCAUACUGGGACAGGAGCAGGACACAUUGGGCGGGCGUUUUGAUGCCUCCCAGGCCCUGGUCGGGGAGCUCUCCCAGUUCAAUCUGUGGGAUCGAGUGUUGAAGCCGGCAGAGGUGGCCGCUCUGGCCGACUGCAACUCCUCGGCCCUGGGCAACAUCGCCCCUUGGACCGACCACGACGUAGAUGUCUAUGGCGGUGCCACCAAGGAGUCCCUGGACCCGUGCCACGCUGCCCAGAGAUCCAACCCCUCCAGCCCCAAACAGUGAAGUGUGACUGGGAGAAAUCAGCCAAGGAUGGCUGUGUUUGAUAGGUCGAUUUAGGAGAAGAUUUAGGAGGUGUGUAACAAUGUAUCACAUUGGGGUUUACAGUAUAUUUGUUAGGGAUGGGAAGCUUUCUGGUGGACUGAAAUAUGUGAUGGAGCUAUUAAACCGUUAAGAGCUGUGUAUCUGUUUUGUUUUUAGUGUUGGUGUCCACGCUCAUGUGUUAACUUCUGCAGUGAGAUACAGUGAGUUUAGUCACAGAUUCGCCUUAGUGAAGGCUGCAUGGGUGGAUGAACUUCUGGCAUGAAUAGGACUCUUAUGGAAGCAUUCAAUCAUAGAUUAAUUAUUGGCUCUGGUUAAGUCUACCACCCUCUGUUUUAGGUAAUUGUCUGUUUGGCCAGUGAACCAUACACGGUUAUUCAGGCAGAGGGCAUUGAUGGGUUUAAAUACAAUUAUGAAAUGAACAUUUAAGGAUGCCAUAUAUAAGGGUUUCUUAAUUUUACCACACAGUGACACAGAGCUCUAGCUUUCCUCAUCUCGUGUCCAGAUGGUUGUGUUUAAUGCUAAAACUGAACUCUGUAAUGCUAUCAUGGCUAUAUUGGUUUUAACCCUCAACGGGAAACAAAAUCAGUUUUGUUCAUUUUUAACUGUAUAUGAUACUGUUGAGUAUUGUCUUUGUACUUUUAAGUUUUCUACAUUGCGUACUAUACUAUGAUUUGGUAAAACGGUGGUCUUAUAAAUGUAUAUUGUGUAAUGUAUCUCUGGUAAUGUUGCUCUGUGCCAGUCUGCUCCCCAUGUUGUAGCCUCUCACAUCACUCACAGUCCUGCAAAGUUAAGUUGCAUCAUUUUCGUUUGCAACUUAGACAAAGCAGUGCUUUCAGUUCAGACCUCUGAAGUAAACACUUGAUGUCUACCUAAACACCAUUCAAACACAGCAACUGUGACUAAACUGGGUGAGUUUGGUAAAAUUGUGUUGUAUCCUUGAAUGUAAGUCAGAUGAAGUGUAUUUGCAUGAGCAAAGUCACAUUUCCUGUCACUAAACAAAAUGUGUAAAUUACAGUGUUGGUUUCCCCAAAUUACCCCACACUCUGAAGCACACAGAUGUCUCUUUGGUAAAUCAGAUCCUCACAGAAUGCUUGACAGGGGUGUAUGAAUUGGACUGAAUCUGUGGGAACUUAACAUCUGAUUCGGUAUAGAGGAUAAAUACAAAAAAACUGUUUUACUUUCAUUCUCUCAGCAAACUAAAGAACAAACAAGCUAAUAUGAGCAAAAAUAAAUAAAUAGAUAAAAUGUGGGAUGCACUUACACUGCAGUUUUUUUUGCUUUUUUUCUGUCACGAUAUUCCCUGUUCUAAAAAAUGUAUAACUACAAUAUACGUAAUACUAUGUUUACGUCAUGUGAAGAUAAUAAAAGGAAAUAUUUCUUUGGGUAGUACUUACAAGCUUGUUUAUCACAAGGAGUGUAACUUUGCACUCUGAAUGAGGAGUUGGUUAUGUGAUGUAAAAAGAGUGAGCAUGAUCAAAUUAGCAUUAAAUUAGGAUUAUUGGCAGUUGCCUUGAGUGAUUUCUGAUGCAGAAUUAAGAUGCAACGCUAAAUUUAUCCGAGAUAAAGAAAAGACUUGAUGUAUGCCUUCCUGAUUCGAGCACCUCAAAAUAGCCUAAUCUUCAACUUAUGGAGCAUCAGACCUGCUAUCUCAAAAAACAUUGCAAAGUGAGGCAUCACAUUAAUUCAAGGCUUCUAGAGUGUCAAAGUACUGCACGUACUGUAAGUUUAACCUCAUUGAAAAUUAUUACAAAAGUUGUCUCACUGCCUGAUAAAUACCCAAAGUAAGGAUGGUUAAAAGACAAAGACAACAAUCAUAGCAACUGCUUUUAACCAUGAGACAGCACACCAGCUAGUGGGCAAAUAUACUGUAUAUUACCUUUAACUUUGAUAUUAUGUCCUCUAGAAUUUUAGAUUAGUUUGGUUCUUUGGUUUUCAGUCAGGAGACUGUGAGAUAAUCAUGUUUCUCAGAUAAUGUUACAUGAUUUACAUGCUCUUUUUACAUAACAAGAAAGUUUGUUUGUGCUUAAUCUCUUGAUUUGAUUAGAACAAGGCACCCACUGUCAGGGAUAAAUGUUUGAUUCCCACUUUGGCCAGCUACACUAAUCAUGUAUCCAACACUGUGCAGUAAAGUGAACUGUAGUUAAAAUAGCGCUUCUGUUCACUUAUUACCUCAAGACAUCAGCGCAACAUACGAUUUGACACCCUGUUGUAAAGUGCCUGCUUGGGCUGUCAUGCCCGUAAAAAUAGUGAAAUGUUUUUAUGUUUUCUUCUUCGUGGUCUCUUUCUUCUCCUUCUCUCUGUCUUUCUCUGUCUCUCUCUCUCUUGCUUUUGGUUGUUGAAGGUUGUGACAGUGUUGCGCUUGUCCUUAUUUGCAUAUUGGAUCCUCUAAGAUAUUGUGAAAUAGAUGGAUAAAAAAAAUUUAAUAAAAUGGUUAUGACAACA